UCUCAUCACGCUAAAAGUACACGCCAUCUUCUUCGUCUUUCAGUUGCAAAUAACUCCAACCUCCGUUUCCUCUUUUAUCUUCUUCUUCUUCUUCCAUGUUCUCUGUAAUUGUGAAUUUCUAUUGAGUGAAGCCAAAACCAGAUCGAUUAACCUGAUAAUUUCAAAGAGCAAGACAAAUAAGAGAAGGUUAUCAUAAACCACAACCCAAAAAGAUCAUUAUGCAUGUUAAGAGAUGGGUUUCGGAUCUGGAUUGGCGUUUCCUCCUUUUGGUUUUUCCUCUAAUCGCCCUUGUUGUUUUCUUUUCCCUAUCGUCUUCUUCGGACGGUUCCCUUCCCCCUCUCCCAUCCUUGAUUUUCAAUUUCAACCGUACUGUACCCUUCAACAACUCCUCUGAUUUCCUCUCUAAUCCGACCUUCCCGCGGCGGCCUGAGCCGAAGGACCAGCUGGUUCGGUCGAGGAUCGCCGUGUGUUUAGUUGGCGGAGCGAGGCGGUUCGAGCUCACCGGACCAUCGAUUGUGGAGAGGAUUCUCAAGGUGUAUCCGAAUGCGGACCUUUUCCUGCACAGUCCUAUGGAUAAGAAUGCGUUCAAGUUGUCACUGUUGAAGGUUGCGCCGAGGCUCGCGACGGUUCGAAUCUUCGAGCCGAAGGUUUUGCCGGAGACGGAGGCGCAGGCCCGAGUCCUCACCGCGAAAAACUCCCCCAAUGGCAUUCAGGUAAUUUGGUGAACUUUCUCGCAACUGUUUGUCUGUUUCAGUAGUAUUUAAUUAAUUUGCAAUUUAAGUCAGGGAUGUUUGGUUGGGUGAAACGGUGGGAAUGAAUGAAUUCUUUACCAAAUAAAAUUAUAAUAAUUAAUUGAAUAACUA